GAGGAAGUGCUAAACAGACCAGCCGCCAUCAUCGCAGCAAUUGUCACGCAGAAAUCUCUCCUGGUAGCGCAUCAUCAUUAUGCUGGGCUCUAUCGUCGGAUCCACCAUGCUCCUGGUCGCUACUGCGAUCUUUCUCUACUACACCACCUGGACUCUGUUGAUGCCCUUCGUCGACCCGGGUCACCCUCUCCACGAUCUCUUCCCUCCCCGUGUCUGGGCCAUCCGUAUCCCCGUUUUCCUUACUCUGCUCGGUUCCGCCGUGGUUGGCACGUUCAUAGGAAUUGUGAUGAUCAACAGCAACAAGAAGAAGGCAGCUAAGGCUAAGGCUGCGGCCAAGAAGAAGACCUAAGCUCCCAAAGAAAAAGAAAACCGACGUGGCGUUUGGAGGAUGAGUUGGGUGGUAAACAUGGCGACUCGAAACAGGUGGCAUCAUCUUAUUCUGCAUGUAACAUUACUUUUGUCUGUCCUUGUUCUUCUCAAGCUUUCCCCUUGAUUGGGUUGUUCUGUCAGCACAGCGUUCAAUUACACCAUCCGCAUUCCUCGCA